AUGCCAAUAAGGCCAUGGUCAGCUGUGGCUGACGAGAACCUUGCACGGGUAGCACCCUGCUUGCUGAGCAAAUGCCAGCUUCCCUUGGCCAAAUGCAUUUUGAAUCCCAGCUGCGCAGCUGACUUGACGUGCGUCAUUGCUUGCAGUGGUCAACCAGAUGAGUCCAGCUGCCAGAUCAACUGCGGGAACAACUUUGAGAAUGAUGUAGUGGUCGAGUUCAACAGGUGUGCGUUGAGUGCGAAGAAGUGCGUGCCACAACGCCCUGACAAAGGCCCGGUCCCAGGUGAAAAGAACUGGGAGCCAAUCAAGGGCCGGUAUCCACCUCCACCACCCGAUAGUGUCAGCGAUGACUUUGAGGUCACCAAGAUGACAGGAAGAUGGUAUAUCACAGCUGGCUUGAACCCCUUGUUCGAUACGUUUGACUGUCAAGUGCACUUCUUUGAAGGCCUCACCUGUUGCAAAAUAUGCCGAAGCCUAUCUAGUCUAUGCAGAUUUGGUGUUGUACAGCGGCUGAAGAGAAUUCCACAACUAAAUGCAUAUGGCAUGAGCUUCGGCAAAAUCUGCGAAGACGACCAGUCACAUGAUGAAGGUGGGAUUAGGACACCUGCGUCAAACCUGCACAAUCGAUGA